AUGGAGAACGGUCAAACAAUCGCAACUUGUAAAAGAUUAACACAAAAACCUGGAGUACAUUCAGUCAAUGCUAUGAAAGCAGCAGGAUUUCAUUAUACAAAUGAUAAAGAUGCGGCCCGUUGUGAUGCCUGUGGACUUGAAGUGUCUGGGUGGACAAUUGAUAUGAAACCAUUUACUAUUCAUUCACAACGCAGUUCAACAUGUACUUUCAUACGUUCAAUAAAACCAAAAGGAAUGAUUUCGGCUUCCUCAAUACUUAAUCCUACUUCAACUAUUUCAACAUUGAUUGCUGAUGAACCAUUUACUAAGAGACGGAAAGUCGAAGUACUACAAAAUGGCUUUCAAUUGAAUGUACUCACAGAAAAUAUGUUAAAACAAGUACGACAAAGAACGUUUUCUCAUUGGCCACAUCGUAUAAUUCUAUCAACAGCACAAAUGAUAGAAUCUGGAUUUUUCUACUGCAAUGUAGGUGAUCGAGUAAUAUGUAUUUAUUGUAACCUCAUAUGUCAACAAUGGACACCACAUACUGAUGAUCCAUGUGAAGUACAUAAAACUCUUUCGCCCAAUUGUAUAUACGUUACAGCUAAAUUAAUUCGUCCUGCAGCUUCAUCUAUAAUUAUUGUAAAUGAAAACUCAACAAGUUCAACGCAAAAUAUGAAUUCAUCAACAGCAACUGGUCUCGAUCCAUUAAGAUCUAAUGAAAUAGUAUUUACAGCUGUAUGUAAUCCUGCAUAUACUGAAAUACCAAAACGCCAUGCAUCAUUUGGUCUCUGGCCAGCUGAAAAUUUACCAUCAAUCGAUGAUUUAGUUCGAGCAGGAUUUUUUUAUACAGGCACUAAAACUAUUGUGACUUGCUUUUAUUGUAAUGGAUCAUUAGAAAACUGGCAACCAAAUCAUGAUCCAAUGAUCGAACAUGCUCAAUGGUUUCCACACUGUGCCUAUGCUAAACAACUUUGUGGUGAUGAUUUAUAUCGAAAAAUUCAAGAAUCAAAACGAGCACAACAAGAACGCGCCAGAGCAAAUGAAUCAAAAGAAAAGGCAGCUCUGGGUAUGCCAGCAAGUACUACUACUACUACCUCAACUACAACAGACAACGGACAGUUACUAAUACCUGAUGAAAGUACUCUAUCUGAACUUGUUAAACAACGACUAGGGCUACCAAUCUCACAACGUUUAUUAGAUCAAAAAUUUAAACUAUCUAUUAUCAAACGAUGUUGGGAAGAUCAAUUACGAUUGAAGCAAGAUGAUUUUGUAUCGGAGUGUGAUUUAUAUAUUGCUUGUUUAAUUCUUCAGAAACAAAUCGAACAUAUUGAUAGUAAAGAAGAGAACGUUGUUAUACCAAAAAUGCGUACUCCGGAACAAACAUUAGCUACAACGCAAUCAAUGACGAAUUUUACUGAUGCUGAUAUGACUACAUCAUCUCCAUCAUCAACAAAUGAAUCUAUAUCUACACAAUCUUCAGUUAAUUCAACAUCAUCAAAUCCUUGUAGUGUCUGUUUAACAGAAGAAACAAGAUUAGCUUGUAUACCUUGUGGUCAUUUAGCAACAUGUGUACCAUGUGGUCAUUCAUUACGAUCCUGUCCAAUAUGUCGACGAAAGAUUGAAUCUUUCGUCAGAAUCUAUAUCUAA